CGUCGCCAGCCCUGAAGCGACCUGACACUGUCCGAACGCGAGAGGCACUCGUCUGGCCGAGCUGGCAGUGGGCCAGAUGGGUGAAGCCACCCACCAUCCUGGAGACCCCCUGGCAGGAGUAGGUGCCCUCUGGGAGGCCCUCAGGGCACUCCUGCCGGACACUAAAGAAGAACUGAAGCUGGACCUCAGCGAGAAAGUGGAGAGGAGUGUAGUGACGUUGCUGCAGCAAGCCACCGAGCUCUUCUACGAGGGCAGCCGGGACGAGUGUCUGCAGAGGAGCGAGGCGAUCCUGGACUACUCGUGGGAGAAGCUCAACACGGGGGCGUGGCGGGACGUGGACAAAGACUGGCGACGGGUCUAUGCCUUCGGCUGCCUUCUCAAAGCCCUGUGUCUCUGCCAGGUGCCUGGGGAUGCUGCCACUGUGGCUGCAGCCCUGAGGGUCUGUGACAUGGGCCUGCUGAUGGGGGCAGCCAUCUUUGGGGACAUCCUCCUCAAAGUCGCUGCCAUCCUCCAGACACACCACUCUGGGAAAAGGGCUGCCCACAGCUCAAGCCCGGAGCAGCCCAGCACAAAGAAAGCAAAGAGUGACCACGGUUCGAUUCCAGAUCUGAAGUUAGAAAGAGCAGUGCCCCGGCUUCACUCUCCGUCCCUCGAGCAUUUCCAGAAACAUUUUUUGGUCCCACAGAGGCCUGUGAUCCUGGAAGGUGUGGCCGACCACUGGCCGUGCAUGAAGAGGUGGAGUUUGCAGUACAUCCAAGAGGUCGCUGGCUGCCGCACUGUCCCAGUGGAAGUUGGUUCCAGGUACACAGACGAGGAGUGGUCCCAGACGCUCAUGACCGUCAGCGAGUUCAUCAGCAAGCACAUCGUGAACGAGCCAAGGGACAUCGGCUACCUUGCCCAGCAUCAGCUCUUCGACCAGAUCCCAGAGUUGAGACAGGACAUCAACAUCCCCGACUACUGCUGCCUGGGCACCGGGGAGGAAGAAGAGAUCACCAUUAAUGCCUGGUUUGGUCCCCAAGGCACUGUCUCCCCACUCCAUCAGGAUCCGCAGCAGAACUUCCUGGCCCAGGUGAUGGGGAGGAAAUACAUCCGGCUGUAUUCGCCGCAGGAGUCAGAGGCUUUAUAUCCUCACGACACGCACCUUCUUCAUAACACGAGCCAGGUCGACGUGGAGAACCCCGACGUAGAGAAGUUCCCCAAGUUUACCGAGGCCCCGUUCCAGUCCUGCGUCCUGUCCCCGGGAGAGAUCCUGUUUAUCCCAGUUAAAUACUGGCACUACGUGCGGGCUCUGGACCUGAGUUUCUCCGUCAGCUUCUGGUGGUCGUAGCCAGGGUGAGAGCUGAAAGGGCCUGAAACGCAAACGGCCGUCACCGAUUCAGUCGUCCCCUGCUCUGCCCAAUCUGGCGCCGGGUCUUGCAGUCUAGGGACAAGCACAACUGAACCUGUGCCCUGAGGAAGCCGUCCCUGCCCAGGGGGCUGGGCUGCGGCACUGGGCAGGCGCAGAGCGGGCAGAGCCCCGGAAGGACAUCCUGGGCAGCCCCCGUGCAGGCGGCAGCAUCGUGAGGCCUCACAAGUCUAGCGGACGGCGGCCCGUGCAGUGGCGCGGCACGGGCUCUGACGCCGGCUGCUGCCCUCAAACCCCCCCUCGUCGCUUGACUGCUGUGUGAUUGGGCCAGGACAGCUCACUCCGCCGUGCCCGGGUCUCCAUCUGGAAAGGAGGGCCCAGGAGGUGGUGCGUGCGCGGCGGCAGCGCCCUGCUGCUGCGGGAACCUUAGCUGCUGUUGCUAAGCCUAGUUACUGAUCUUAUAUCUUUCCUCACCGUGUCCGAGCCUGUGGGACGCCGCAGCCCGGAGACUCUGCAGAGAGUGGCAUGGCCCUGGCCACACGGAAGGGUCUUCACUGGCGU